AUGAACAACUGCAAACGUCCAGAUCUAAUUGUAGAAUUUAAAUAUAAGCCAGUACCAAAAUCGUCAGUUGGGGCUGCUAGUCAAGGUAUAAUGGCACAAUCGAUGCCCAUGGCGGCCAUGUUCAUGAAGAAUAAGUUUUUGGCUUGGUUUUCUUUACUGCUUACCGUCCAUUAUUCUUUGAACGGGGAAGCCGACAAGAAAAGUGCAGACCAAUCCCCCCUUCUAAAAAUUCUCAUGGCAGUGGUAUCAUUGGCAGUGUGCUACAUGAAUGUGGUGUUCCCUCAGCCAGGUCCUGCUCCUAAGAAAGCGUGA